UUGGUUGUAUUUAUUGAAGUCUCCACAUUAUCAGAAGUGGGAUGUUCCUGCGAAGUCAGAAGACAUCAAAUGAACUGGAUCCUUCCGGUGAUCAUUGUAAUGCUUCCUCUGAAGCUGCUGACAGAAUACUACAGGCUGAUGUUCGACAAGAAUCUGUAGGUAUCGCUGCUCAAUGCACUAUGAAUGCUACAAUUCCGUCAUUACAACCCAGUCAAGCAUAUACAAGUGGUGGUCACGGUGAUGGAUUUACAGCAAAUUCGUUUCCGGAUCGCAAUUUAUCAAGAAAUGAUGUGCAAAGAAGGUGUGAAUGCCAACCGAAUGUAUCAAGCAUUGGACUAGUACCAUCAAUCAAUAGUUAUCGUCUUGAAGAAGUUGCAACUUUCCUACCGUUAUUUUGGGGACGUGAGAAUGAAGAUAUCAACCAUUUUAUUGCAAUCGCAGAUAACACGAAGCGUGCACUUGGGUUGGAUAGUCAAACUAUGAAAUUAGUUGUCAUCAAGCAACUGAAAGGUACCGCAAGAACUUGGUUACACACACGAGCAGACUUCAUGUUGAAAUCUUAUGAGGAAACUCUGGAAGAUCUUCGCCAGACGUUUGGAGUGUCGGUCAACGGGUUUGAAUUGCGGAAACGAUUGGAGAAAAUUAGAUGGUUUGGUCGUGAGUCGUUUGCUGAUUAUUGUCAAUCGAAGAAGCUAAUCGCACAAAAGCUAAACUUAGAAGAAGCAGAACUUGUUGAAUAUAUUGUGGAAGGAAUUGGAGACGUAAUUUUAAAAAAUCAAGCCAGAAUUCAAAAUUUUAAGACGGUUACAGACAUCAUGCAAGCGUUCCGGAUGGUCAGAUUAGACGAUAGGACGUUUUCGAAGAAACCAAAUGUGUGCUAUUCCUGCAAUCAACCAGGUCAUUUUGCUGCUAACUGCAGGCAUUUUUCGGGUCAAAAAUCUGUAUCAACAUCAACCUUUCGGAAGCCAAACUACGAGAUCAAAAGACAACUAGCAGCAAACAGGCCCGUUAUCAACGCAGUUAUAAAUGAUGAGCGCUCGAAAGACGAUUUUACUGACGAAGGACAUAAUGGACUGGUAGAAUUCAAAUUUGACAAUUUUGAUAACUCUUUUAAAGCUUUAUUUGACACUGGGAGCCCUAUCUCACUUAUACGACGUGGUUUAAUUGAUAAACAAUGUAUUUUCCAAAAUUGCAAAAGCAAACGUUAUCAGGGUAUAGAAUUAAAUUCGCUGUAGUACCAGAUAGGGUGCUUGGUCACGUUGAUGCUAUCAUUGGACGAGAUGUCAUUAUGCGUUCAGAAAUUCGGACAGUAAUUAAUCGAAAUAUUAAAAUUAAUCAAAUUAGCAAUUUUAACUCGAACCCUGAAACCAAACUUAAUGAAAAGGUAAAUAUACAAUUAAUAUGCAAUGUUAGCUCAGAUGUUCUUGAUGUUGUUAAACGAAACAUUGGAGAAAUAA